CGAAAACCAAAACGAACAAGGAAAACACGGAAAGCAUUAGCAACGAUUUGUCAACGUUUUCAUUUUCGGCUGACUGCAUCGCAGCAAAAAUCAAAACAUUAAAAACGCGUUUGUUGUGAAAUUUGUUGGUUUCAUAUAUUUCAAGAAAAGAGUACGGUGCGAAGAGCUAAACUUUGUAUGGUGCACAGUGCUGGAGGCAAUAAAAUAACACGCAAAUCCAGUCAAAAUGGAAAAACUUGCCGAUGAUCCCAGCUUCAUCGAUGCGAUUGUGCAUGAAGUGAAGUCUCAGGGUCUAUUUGACCAGUUCCGUAAGGAAUGCCUGGCGGAUGUUGACACCAAGCCGGCCUAUCAGAAUCUACGACAACGGGUGGAGACUUCGGUUGGAAAAUUUUUAUCUCAACAAAACUGGACCGACAAUAUUCGGCACAAAAAUCAGCUGCGGGAGAAACUGCGCAAAAAUAUCAUAGACUCCGGUUUCCUAGAGACAGGUGUAGAACGCAUUGUAGAUCAAGUGGUCAAUCCAAAAAUAUCGACUGUGUUUCAUCCCAAAGUAGAGGAGAUUGUUUACAACUACUUGGGUAUUGAAAAACCAAAACCGACAAUUAAUGGGACUGGAUUGGAUGUGCAGACUAAUUUUCUUCCCGAAGACCUCGAGGCAGUCAGUCCAGAUUCGGAUAAAAAAUCCUCCAGCACAUCGUCGGACAUGCAGAUCACGAUGGAGCAACCCACAAUCGAACCCGAGCUUAAUGAGUCCAAAGAGAUUGUUGAUGAUUUCGAGUCACCUGCGUUCGAGCCGCUCCAAGUGCGUCCACCCAGUCAAACGAAACAAGAAAGCAGUGAUUCAAAUAAUACUGCUAUAAGUGGGUUGACUUCACAGGAAUCUGUAGAUGAUGACAAUCCUAUACCGGUGGUAAACGAAGCGGUUACUCCGCAUUCAGCAGAGAACGUAAGCAGCAUUACAACCGGUCCAGAGGCAUCAAAUCUCGACGGAGAGGCUACGGUUGCUACGACCAGCCCUGAAGUAGGAGCCACGGACUCACAGUUGUCGCAAGUCUCUAGCAACAGUCGUCUUUCAAUCAUUACAAACUCUGAGGGUAAUUUACAUCAGCCAGAGUCGGUCCCAAAUCUGCGGCUUGACAUUACGGAGGAGGCACAAAUGCCAAAAUUCAACGAUAACUCCAACGGAGAAGAGGGUGAAAUUAUGGAUAGUGAUGACAGUGAGGCAGGCGAUCAGCAGCUCGAGCCACAGAAAUCGAAUUUUGAUUUGCAUAAGGAGUCUUACGAGUUCAAAGGAACCGAGCGAAACAGCAGGAUUGUCGAGAACGAGAAGGAGGAGCCUGUCGAAAAUGAAACAGUGUUGGUGCAGGAAAGUAACGCUGACAAUUGUGAAAUUGAUGAUGAAAAAGAUAAGAAUUUGAGCUUGUCCAGCGAACAACCUAAACAAUCUCCGUUGGGUUCGAACAAAUCUGACGACGAUUCAUCACAAUCCGAACGAUCACUCAGGAUAUGUGAGGAUUCUACGAUGGAGCCGAAAGUGAUGGAUACGGGCAGUCAACUCGAUAACUGUGAUUCAGCGAAAACGCCACUGAAUGACGAAUAUAGUACAGAAUCAGCUCCGGAUGUGGAAAAGAUGGAUGGUUCACAAGUGGAGGUCGUCACGUUAGCCGCCGUGCAGCAACACGCCGAUGGAGAAAAGGUUUCUGAUCGGCGUCAUGUAUCUCGGAGUCACCAUCACAAUAAUCGUCACGAGCGUAAGCAUGCAUCUUCUUCAUCUCAGCGGCACCGAACCGGCUCUUCGUCGCGCGAUCGUCGAUCCCAUAGUUCGUCCAAGCACGGCAGCAGCACAAGUGGUAGCGGCAGUCGAAAGUCGGAUCAUCGCGAUCGGAAAAGUGAAAAUGGCAACAGUCAUUCAAACGGUGGGCAUUCGAAACGAAAUUAUGAUAAGAAAAAAGUAAGCGACGAUCACUACAGUUCCCAUGAUAAAUCCUCCAAGAAACGACGCUCUACCGAUCGUGAUUCCAAUGACGGUGCUGGUAAUGGAAAACCUGCAGAAACAGGGAACGAGUCAUGCAUCUAUGGUGGUUCCACCGGAAACAAUGAAUCGGCAAAACAAUCCCCUGAAUCACAACGACGGAGCGGAGGAUCACGGGAAAAAACUUCUAAACUAAACGAUUCGAUAGAGUCUAGUUUCGAAGGAUUUGAGGAAGAACAAAUGGUGGGCAAUCGCAAGUAUUUGCCGAAAACCGUGAAUAAACCUUCCAAAACAGGGAACAAACAAUUAAGUGGUGUUCCGAAGGGUCCGAAAAAAACAAAACGUAAUGAUAAAAGCUCGAAAGAUACGGCAAGCAAGCCGGAUUUAAGUAAUAUGGAUGUUUUUUCAUUUUCUUUUGAAAAGCCAUCCCAACCGGGUAAACCGGACGAGCAAGCCAACGAUGAAAACCUACCGUCUGCUGUGUCAACCGUUGAUCCUGGAUUUGUUACGGAUGAAGACAGAGUGUUAAGGGAAGAUAAUACUGACGUACCCGGCGUUGAAUCACUGCAACAGCUGGCCGAGGGAAUCAUAAUUUUGGAGCCUACAGAAAUCGAGAAUCUUGGAACAGGCAGCGAUGAAGUGCAACAGCUUUCGCAUAAUAACAUUGCUCAGCCUGAGUCGGCGAAUCUGGUCACCCCUACAGUUCUACCGGUGGUAAUCGAUCAGCUCUUGUCCAACGGAGAUAACAUGGAUCUAGAGCUCAUAAUAGCUGAAAAACAAUUUCGUGGCGAUGAAUCUAUGCUAAGCCAAAUUCAGCACGGUUUAAAGAUUAUGAAAAACAAAACAAAAAAACCUAAAAUUGCUUCCAACUUUAUCGAGGCACGCAGGCUCAUGAAAGUUCGUAAGCAAAUCGAGCGCGAAGAGAGGAAAAACCGUGAACAAGCAUUGGACUUAGUGAAGAAAUUGAUCAAUCAUAAUGGAAGCGCUAGUGAUAAUGAUCAAGGAAUUAAACUGGAUAUCGUAUGCCAAAGCAGCACUGUGCCAUCUCUCUCGCCGCCAAUUGUUGAAACGGACCCUGAAGAAGAUUUGCUAUACUUCCCCGAAGCAAAGGAAGUUUUUGCAACAAACCUCAAGCUGUUGGAAUAUUUGCAACAAGAAGAAAGGCUUGUAACACUUGAUACUGAAACGGAAAUAGACAGCACAAUACACGUCACAGCUUCUGCUCCGCCUUACGUCAGUUCAUCCAAAACGAAUGCUUCCGAGAGUUCGACUACCGUUGGACAGCAAAUGGAAUCGAUAAGCUUCUUGGAUGCCAACCGGAAAGCCACGAAACGGAAGCACUCAAAUUCAUCUUCGAGUGGUGACCACAAAAUAUUCAACGAUUCUGCAGCUAGUAUGGAUUUAACAGUAAACGACGCUUCGAAAAGACCGCGUGUUCCGAAUUCGCGCAUCGGUAAAGCCAGACGGGUGGGCUUAUCGAAGCCAAAAAAUCACAGCCAGAUGCCUAACAGUAUCAGUACUGAGCUCAGCGUUGUGAUUUCCGAAGCGACCCCCACAACUGAAAGAGCAUCUCCCUCGGCGAACAACAAUAACAAUGGUUCCAUAAAAGGUCAGCGUUAUUCCAGUGAUGACUUGUACAAACCACGUCCCGCAAACGGACUCCGAAAUCGGUCGCGCACUCGUGCCGGCGAGGUGCAAUAAAAGUAAGGUUGAACCACUCUUCAAAUUUUUGUACUAAUUCUAGUUCUGUAACAUAAACUCAGAUUACGAUUACGGUUGAUAGUUGGAAAACAAUGAAAUUUUCCAUGUUCUUGUAGUUUUAAAUUUGUCAAUAAGUAAUAAAAUAGGUCUAUGAAACUACAGAA